AUGGCUCAUCGCAUUGUCUCUCAAGUCGUCGUGACCGGAGCCCGAGUCUUCGGCCGCGCUUUUGCCGAAGCCUACAAGCAAGCCCAGGCAUCUGGCAAAUACAAAGGCCAACAAAGUGCCUCCGGAAAUCCCGUCACUUCCUCCAAACUGAGCAUCGAUGAAGCGUGCAAGAUCCUCAAUGUCAAGCCCCCGGCGAGCGGCGAACAAACCCUGGAGGAUGUCAUGAGCCGAUUCAAGAAACUGUUCGACAUCAACAAUCCCGAAAAAGGCGGCAGUUUCUACCUGCAAAGUAAAAUUCUGCGCGCACGCGAGCGACUAGAGAUGGAAUUCCGCGAGGCCGAGCGCAAACUCGCGCACGACAAGGAAUUGAAGGAAGGCUGGAACCCCAAGGUCUACAAGGAUAAAUGA